GAGCCUCCCUGAGCUGAGGACAGCAGCCAUUAUCGGACUCAUAAAACGGCUCUUUUUCAUGGGGUCCGUACCCCUGUAACCAUCGAAAUUGUAAUCAACCAUUAAUUGGUUCUCCAAUGACUUCCGUAUCCUCACUCCUCCCCUUCAAACUCCAUAGUCUCCAUCUUCCUUCUGCCAUUGCAGGAGAGAAGACGAAGAAGAAGAAGAAGAGACCUUGUUCGUUCGCCAUUGACAAAAACCAUGACUUGGCCACUGGUCAGUUGGCUUUUAUCUUCUUCUUCGUCUUCGUCUACAUCCUCCUCCGAAUACGACAACGACGACAUAUUUGACGAACCAGAGAACGACCACAAAUCACCAAACGGCGAUGAUCAUGACACUAAUGAUGUCGAAGACGACGAUUACGACGGCGUUGAUUCCGUUAGCGUAGCCGUUACAGGCGGUGCUGACCCUUCUUUCUCCACAUCCAAACGACGCCGUACCGACGACGACGACGAUUACUACCCGAACGCGGCUGCCGCGAAGAAAGUUUUGCAGAAGAGAGUUUGGAGCGAAGAGGACGAGAUCGAGCUCUUGCAGAGCUUCCUCGACUACACCGUGACCCAGAAACUCGGUCCGCACCGUAGAACGGCUAACUCGUUCUACAACGACCGGGUUAAGCCCGAGUUAAGGGGCAGAUUCAACCAGAACCAACUCGCAGAUAAGCUGAGGAGAUUGAGGAGAAAGUUCCAAAACACUUGGAGUAAGAUGAAGAACUCGGGCGUGGAUUUCCGCUUCAGAAACCCACACGACAGGGGCAUUUUCGAGAUUUCACAGAAGAUAUGGAGUGGCAGAGGCGGCGCCGGCGGCUGUGGCGGUCAUAGCAGUAGUACGGAUCUGAUGCUGACUCAGCAGGAUUAUGAGAUAUUAUUGGAUGAGAAUAAUAGUGCAGAGAAAUGGAUAAUGGGUUUGGGUUUGAAAACGACGUCGUUUGGAGGAGGAGGAGAAGAAGAAACAAAAAUGGGAGAUGAGAAAUGGAGGGAAGAGAAGAUUAGGGAUUUGGAAGUUUAUUCGAAACGGCUUGAGUCGAUUCAGACUCAGGUUAAGGCUGCAUUGGACAAGUUGAGAAAAGGGCCAGCCAUUGAUGAGGCUGCUGCUGACGUGUAAUUACUGUUUUUAUAUAUUUUUUUUUAUAAUGAUUAGAUUGUAAUUGUAAACUUUAUUGAAUUUGAAGAUGGUUGGUCGGUUGGUCAACGGUUGGGUUGGGUUAUAUAAUAGAGUAGGGAAAAGAAAAGAAAGUUGUGAAUAGAAUAUCAUUAUUACAGUUACAGAGCAUAAAGAAAGAAAGUCAAGUACUUGUUGUUGUUGUUGCUGUGCUGUUUGAUUUGAUGAUCUAUGUAAAAGUUUCUAGGAAACUUUGUGAUUCAUAAUAAAAAAGACAGUAAUGUUUUGAUUCAUAAUCAUAUGUAAUGGAGAGAUUUGCAUGAA